CACAUCCAAGUUGGAGGGACUGAAUAGUAGAUCUCUUUAUUGCAACAUCACCAGAAUCAAUUCUGGUUUCUAAGAAGUUCAUCUUUUCCCCUCAAAAUGGGAGAGCCAGAAACCCUCCCCCCUUUCAAUGAGGCAUACCACAACUUGACAGAACUCUUCUAUGCGUUCAAUCACACGUUCAGCGUUUGUAAUUUGGGACUAGAUGAUGGCAUUAAACGGGUCUUUCUCUUCAUCCUCUACCUCAUCAUCUUUGUGGUGGGAUUGGUGGAGAAUCUCUUGGUCAUAUGGGUCAACUGGCAGACCCGAAACUACCGGAACUUGGUCAACUUAUACAUUUUCAACAUGGCCCUGGCAGACUUGGGAGUGGUCCUCUCCUUACCAGUCUGGAUGUUGGAAGUCGUGCUUGAUUACACUUGGCUUUGGGGAGAUUUCCUCUGUCGCUUCACCCACUAUUUUUACUUUGCCAACAUGUACAGCAGUAUUUUCUUCCUCACCUGCCUCAGCAUUGAUCGGUAUGUGUCCCUGACAACUUCCUCUCACUUCUGGCACCAACGCCAACAUCUCGUGCGACGGAUCACCUGCUGCUGCAUAUGGGCGUUUGCUGCCAUCCUCCCUUUGCCAGAGGUGGUACACAUGGAGUUAACUGAUACCAUUGAGCCCAUGUGUUUCUUUAUGGCCCCACUGGAGACCUUCAGUGAGUGGGCCCUCGGUCUCAACCUCCUUGUUGCCUUAAUUGGGUUCCUUAUCCCAUUCUCCAUCAUGGCAGUCUUCAAUAUACUGACCGCCAGACACAUCAAGCGUUGCAACAAGCCAGAGAGCAGAAAAAACUGCUACCUCAUCUAUGCUUACAUAAUUGUCUUCCUGAUCAGUUGGCUGCCUUUCCACUUAAUUUUGCUGAUCCUCACACUUGAGGGAACGCAUAUAUUUCUCCACUGCUAUGUGCUUGAGUUCCUGUACUUCUUCUACGAUAUCAUAGACUGUCUCAGCCUUAUCCAUUGUGUUGUCAAUCCCAUCCUGUACAACUUCCUGAGCAAGAACUUCCAAGGAAAGCUGAUCUCUGCUGUGGUUCGAUACAUUCCCAAAAACCAGAUGGAGCAGAAGGACAAAGAUGGCUCUUCUUCCAACACCCAACACUCUGUAGUCAUCACGCAAGAAAAGACCUCACCAAUUUAAACAGCUUUUCUAAGUUUUGGUUCAUUGCCAUAAGAAUGUAUUUGCAUUUUUCUCUCUUAUCAGCAAAGGAUAGGCUUAAUUAGGAUACUUGUUGUUGCCAAUGCUUUUUACAAUUUUAAAAAAAGGGCAAUAUAGGUAAAAAUGAGGUAGAGAGGAGGAUUAUGUGCUGCU